AUGAGCCUUGCUGCGUCGGGCGUCCAGUGCAUGGAAGAGAUGCAAGCGACAGACACCUCGGUGCUUGUGACGCGCCUCGACUGCGCCACGGUCUAUGGUCACCAGCAUCGCCUCCUCGGGAAUUUGAAUUGCGCCCAAGUGCGCGAGGUACUUGUUCCGUCGCAAACGCAGCGUACAUCGCGCAUCGACAACGCGUUGUUUGCUGCCGGCAUCCAGUUUUGUGCUACCGCUUUGCGGUGGUACGGACCACGCGCAUCUCGAACGCUGAACGAGGACCACAAGACGGUGUGCAAAUACUCGUUUGAGACCCAACACAAUGGAAAGAUGGCAGGGCUGCUAAAGUCGACUGUCGAAGCGCUGCCAGCGUACCGCGCGAUGCACGGCGACUGCGACGUACCGUCGGACUUGGUGACACCGGCGUCGCAAGGUGACGAAGCCAACACGUUUGUGCCCUGGGAGACGCAAGUCGAGGCGCUUGAAGUGUACCGCCGCUGCAUCGGCAGAUUCGAAGAGAUGACGGACGUCCAUGUCGUCCCAAGAAACGCCAAAAUUUGGCCGCGGGCCGCGCGGGGCGUCUUGCUUGUGUCCAUCAUCCCGUGGCUGCGAUCGCAGCUUUACGUGCUCGAUGAUGACAUUUGCCGCCGCGUCCACAUCUUGGAGCCGCACACAAACCUGCCGCACUGGUCCAUCUUGAUGUCAUAUUUGAACGCGUAUCGCCGUAUCCAUAGCCACUGCCGCGUGCCCAUUGACUAUGUCGUUUCGCCUGGCAAAACGAUGAAGUCGAUGGGCACGCCGUAG